UUCACGGCGCAAGUGGAGAAAUCUACACGUAACGAAGAUGGCUGCUGCAGUCGGGAUGAGGACGUCGAGCUGUCCAACUAGAGGACUUAACUGUCCGUGGAUGGUGUUUUCUGUAAUUAUACUCAACAUUAUCAAUGGAGCUGUUGCAGCGCCAGAGUCAGGGCUUUGGACAAUAACUGUUGUUAAUACCUCAAGAGCAUUGCUGUUAAGGAAAUCAAUGUAUAAAGACACUGAUGUUGAACUAAAAGUCUGGCCAUUUGACUGUCCUGAGGAGGUGGACGUCACUAUUCACUGGCUUUUGAAAUACUACCCCUGUCACAACGAAUACAACAAUAUUGAAGAGAUGUAUAAGAGGCCAGGCCUGAUUCCUGAGAAGAAUCUGGAUCCAAACCCAAAGGUACCAGGGGAGCACAUCGAACACAAACACGGUCCCAUUGUAUGUAGCAAUGGACUGCCCUUCCCGAUGCUCAAAAAAGCAAAGGCAGAUCCACGUGUGUCCUCUGCGUUUGAAGAUAAAAAUGACAUAAAAUGGAUUGCCGAGGAGUAUGACACCAGCAGUGCUACGAAGAACAGCAGUGUGAAAAUCAGAGACCACGUCAUAGCCACCACUUGGAAGGAUGGCCCUUACCUGCUAGUCGUUAAGAUCGAGUCUAGUAAACCAGAAGCCAACUGGAGUUUAACAGUUAAUGUGGUAAUGAAGGGCAGCCACGGCUACAUUUCUGUCACAGAAUGGCCUCUCAUGAUUUUCUACAUGGUGAUGUGCGUCGUGUACAUCCUGUACGCCCUGUUAUGGUUUCUCUGGGCGGCCUGCUAUUGGAAAGAUCUCCUAAGGAUCCAGUUUUGGAUAGCAGGGGUCAUAUUCCUCGGCAUGGUGGAGAAGGCCGUCUUCUGCGCCGAAUACGAAAACACCAAUACUGUCGGCUCCGCCUCUCCAGGUUUGCUGAUCUUUGCUGAGUUGGUCUCUGCCUUCAAGAGGACUUUGGCUCGUUUACUCGUCAUUAUCGUCAGCCUUGGCUAUGGCAUCGUGAAACCUCGAUUGGGGACAGUGAUGCACAGAGUAGUUGGGCUUGGCAUCCUCUACUUGGCCUUUGCUAGCAUUGAGGGUGUCCUGAGGAUUACAGGGGCAAAAGACUCUGACUUGGCUCUGCUGGCCAACAUUCCCCUGGCUCUGCUUGACUCUUCUUUAUGCUGGUGGAUUUUUGUCAGCUUGGCACAAACCAUCAAGACUCUGAAACUGAGGAGAAACCCUGUCAAGCUGUCACUCUACAGGCACUUUACAAACACAUUAAUAUUUGCUGUCAUUGCUUCCAUCAUUUUCAUGGGUUGGACGGCAAAAAAAUUGCGAUUAGUAGAAUGCCAGUCUGAUUGGAUUGAGUUGUGGGUAGAAGAUGCUUUCUGGAGGUUCCUGUUCUCUGUCAUUCUGCUCGUCAUAAUGUUCUUAUGGAGACCGUCUGCAAACAACCAAAGGUACGCUUUCACACCUCUCAUAGAUGACUCUGAUGAUGAGGAGAUUGAGGAGUUUAUCGCAUCUACAAACCUUGCUGAUGGUAUAAAGUUGAGAGCGACUAAAAAUGAGACAAAUGGUACAGUGAAGCCUGCAGAAACAAACCCAGAUGAAGACUUGAAAUGGGUCGAGGAUAAUAUUCCUACCUCUCUAACUGAUGUAGCUCUACCGAUCCUGCUCGACUCAGAUGAGGAAAUCAUGACAACCAAGUAUGAAAUGUCAAAGCUGGAAUGAAGCACAGUGUUUCCAACCAUCUGCUGACAAGGAAGGAAAACGGCAGCUGUACCUGACUGUGUAACAGGGUUUUACAACGUUUGGAUGGUGGUGGAGUGCCAUUUUCAGGGGAUCCUCCUGAUUGGCCGCUACCUCACAAGGUGGUGCAAGCCACAGUUUUAGGGGGACCUUGGCUGAUUCCUGUCAGCUUCUUAAGGACUCUACCAGAGGAAAACCUACGUUUUUUUUUUGACUGAACACCCGGCUCACCAUUUCCCUCAUAUAAUCACUUUUUCCAAAGAGAACAGUUUCAUGUUUUUCCUCCAGAGCUGUAUUUAUUUUUGCUAUGUUUAAACACAUUUGUUUUACCAAUGGGCCUCAUACAUUAACAUACACACAAAUAUAUGUUAAGUCUUCCUGAGAACAUCUAGUGUAUUAUUAGUGAGGUUUAAGAAGUCAGAUAAUUAUAUUUAAAAAAAAAAAGACACAAAGCUUUUUUUCAACAAUUAACUAAGAAGGAAAUACGUGAGCUAUUAUAAGCCAGAAGCAAGAAAAUAUAUUGGGUAAGUGGAUUAUUUAAAGAUAAAGAUUAAAUAAAUUUGUUCAUAUGCACUUUUUAAGAUCAAUACCGUGCCUACAUGUGGUUCUUGUAUGAGGCCCUAGUAGCUUCCAUUAAUUGAGAACAGCAUGUGUGAAAACAGUUGAUGUCUUAAACUGAAAUUAGCAGACAUACAAAGUCCUCAUGAAUGAGUAUGAGAGAUGACGCACAAGCAAGUCCUUUGAAUAAUUUGAGUUAGAUGUGAGUUAUGACAAUAGUGGGAAAUUAGGGUUUAGUGUCAUAUUUUGAUUCUACUGUACAGGUGUGGGUGGGCAGGUUCUAUCUUUUGAAUGGGAAGCAGUAUGCUGCGUGUAUGCUUCUAUGGAACUAAGUGAUUUCAUUAUUUAUUUGUGUUUCAAGUGGACUUAUAUGUUAAAGUGUUUGUCCUGAAAUCCUUCAUGUUUGCAAUGUGUGCUUCCAUCCCCCC